AUGGAUAACCGUGGCAAUGCCAUCUUUUCCUUUAUGUUUGAUGAUGAUUCAGAUGAUGAGGAAGAACAUCAGAGAGUGAGACAAGCCAUUCUCCACCAUACUUCACUAAAGAAUGAAGCCACCAAACAUGGUGGGUCGAUAGUCGGUCGUGAGUACAAGAAUCGUGAGAGGGAAGAUCGUCAUCGCAAUCUCAUGUCCGACUACUUCGUUGAAAGGCCACAUUUUAAUACUACGAACUUUCGUAGGCGAUGGGCUCGGUCGACAAGGGUAUCCCUUGAGCAAAGUUUAACCGCUGGCUUUCGUAUGCUCGCAUGGGGAUGCUCGGCUGAUGCGAUAGACGAGUAUUGUAGAUUGGGUGAAAUCACAGCUCUUGAAUCACUCUGUAAGUUUUGUUGUGUUGUUGAAGCCGUGUAUGGACAAUGGUACCUUAUGUCUCUAAAUCCAGCUGACCUUUAUAGGCUAUUGCACAAGGCCAGUUUACCAGUCACAAAAAAAAAACCCCCCACUGUUAUGCUAGAGGCCGUGGCCUCGUAUGACACAUGGAUAUGGCAUGCCUUUUUUGGAGCCACUGGAUCCAACAAUUAUAUCAACAUUUUAGCUCGUUCUCCAUUGUUUGAUGAUGUGGCUACUGUGGGAGCGAUUUUUGUCCCACAAGAAUAUUCGCCUAAGAUACCUUUGUCUUCUUCGCUUCUCUUUCUCCCUGCAAAACAAAUCAGAGUAAAAGGACCACACCUGAGGAAAACCGGGUGGCCGGAGCCUUGUAUGAGAGAAAGAAAGAGUAUGGCGGCUAGGGUGGCUCAAAGGCUAAGGUUUCAGAAGAAUAAUUCCAUAGAUAUGAAGGGAUUAUUCUUCCCUGAUUUGGCGAGAUGGGAUCUACCCCGUUGGGCUACUUUGCUGAAGGCCAUCUCUUCUCUUGAUUACCCAAAGAAGAGGUUUGUUGCACAAAUGCAAGAAGCGUACAGGAAGGAUGUUAAAAGAGCAUUUGGAAUACUACAGGCUCGAUGGGCUAUUGUUUGGGGCCCUACACUUAUGUGGUGCAAGGAUAACCUCCACUCAAUCAUGAUGAUGUGUAUAAUUUUGCAUAACAUGAUUGUGGAGGAUGAGUACGAAUAUAUUGAAGAGGAAUCUAAUGAUGAGGAUGCGUGUCCACAAUAA